UCUAUAAACACCAGAAGGCAUUCAGAGGCAGAGAGAGAGAGAGAGAGAUCCCUCACACUCACUCACUCACUCUCUCUCUCUCUCACACACACACACACGGAAACCUCUCAAGGCAGGGAGAAACCAGCGAGCAGGAAUCUUCCCUUUGGCAAUGUUUGGAGGCAGAUCCCUGACUCUACUCCAUCAGGUUACACUGAGACAGACAGUCAGAAACCAGGGUAAUAUAGCCGCCGCUGUUUCUCUCCUCACACUGGAACGGCCGGGGGGGUUUCUCUCUGAAAUGCGGAAAGUGGACGUGGGUGAAACUAUCAUCUAGUGAGAAUUCGCUGGAAUGCGAUCAGACAGUAUUUGUUGAAGGUGAUGGAUCUCAUCCACGUUCCGAGGGUAGCAAGGCUCCUCUCUCUCCUGUUCUUACUGUGGCCCGUGCCCCCUUGCUGGGCACAAAGCGUGGUGAAAUUUUCCCUGCAGGAGGAGCAGCCUCCAAAUACCCUGAUCGGGAAUCCAGGCGAGACCCUGGGGCUGGACAAGAACAACAGACUGUUCAAGCUGGAGAUCGGCAAACCAUACCUGCGAGUGGAUGAGACAGGGGGGAACUUGUACACCACUGAGAUCCCCAUAGACAGGGAGGGGAUGAACUGUGAGACACCGCUGCAAUGUUUCUUAGAGUUUGAGAUCUCAGUGACCAACACUCUGUACAACUCGGUGCCGAUACUGAUGGAAGGCAAGAUUCAUAUUCUGGAUAUCAACGACAACACCCCCAGUUUUAGCUCCCCGGUCAUUUCCAUCUCUAUCCCAGAGCACACCACAGCAGGUACUAUCGUUAACAUCCCCACUGCCACCGACCGUGAUGCUGGCACUAAUGGAGUGGCUAGCUAUGAGCUUCUUGGCAGCGAAGCCCAUGGGUUGUUCAGCUUGCAGGUGGCUGAGGAACACGGUGAGAAGCUGCCCCAGCUGAUAGUGACUGGCCGCUUGGACAGAGAGCAGCGGGACACCUAUGACCUGACCAUCCGAGUAGUGGAUGGGGGUAAACCCUCAAGGGCCAGCACUGCCAUCCUUCGCAUCACUGUGCUGGACAUCAAUGACAACGCCCCCAAGUUUGAGAGGUCCUCCUAUGAAGGCACGGUGGAAGAGAACAGCCCGGUGGGCACCUCCAUCCUUCAGGUGAGGGCAAAUGACCUUGAUCUGGGUGACAAUUCCCAGAUCGAGUACACCUUUGCCCAGGCUGCCGAGAGUGCCCGCCGCUUGCUCAGGCUGGACAAGACCAGCGGCUGGAUCACAGUGCAGGGAGCAGUGGACCGGGAGCAGAUCAGUCAGUUCAGAUUCUUUGUCCAUGCCCGAGACAAGGCUCCCAUCCCCAAACAGGACAGGGCGGCAGUGACCAUCACCGUCAGGGACAAGAACGAUAACGCCCCCACCAUUGAGAUCCGUGGCAUCGGCCUGGUCACCCACAAGGAUGGGGUUGCCAACAUCGAUGAGGAUGUGCCCGUUGAUUCUCCGGUGGCCCUGGUCCAGGUUUCAGACCGAGAUGAAGGUGAGAAUGCCGCAGUCACAUGCAUUGUUGCUGGGGAUGUCCCCUUUCAGUUGAAACCAGCCAGUGAGUCCAGCAGUGAGAGGAAGAAGAAAUUCUUCCUGCAGACAACCACCCCGCUGGAUUACGAGUCCGUCCAGGAUUACCUGAUUGAGAUUGUGGCAGUGGAUUCUGGUAACCCACCGCUCUCCAGCAGCAACACUCUGAAAGUGCAGGUGGUGGAUGUGAAUGACAACCCUCCAAUCUUCACGCAGAAUGUUAUCCGUGUCUCCAUCCAUGAAAACAACCAGCCGUACAUUCCCAUCGUCAAAGUGCAAGCAACAGAUGCUGACAGUGGCAGCAACGCUGAGCUGAUCUACUCUAUACACCCAGACCAUUCCAUCCAGGGCUUAUUUGACAUCAACCCAGACACAGGAGAGAUUCGGGUCAAUGCCAUUCUUGACCGUGAGCAGCAGGAGCAUUACGAGUUCAAGGUGGCUGCAGCAGACAAAGGCACCCCCAGCCUUAAAGGGACAGCCACAGUGGUGGUCAGUGUUCUGGACGAAAAUGAUAAUGACCCAAAAUUCAUGCUGAAUAGCUACAGUUUCUCAGUGCGAGAAAAUCUCCCUCCAUCCAGUCCAGUUGGCAUGGUCACUGUGUCAGAUGCGGAUAAGGACAUGAAUUCCCAAAUAUCUCUCUUUGUGGAUCCAGACAAUGGUGAGUUUGAGAUACAAAAUGGCACGGGCACUAUUCUUUCCCGCGUCUCCUUUGACCGAGAACGUCAAAGUACGUACACCUUUCAACUGAAGGCAAUAGAUGGUGGGACCCCUCCCAGGUCAGCUUAUGUCAGUGUCACCAUCAAUGUUUUAGAUGAAAAUGACAACACUCCCUUCAUCACCCAACCUUCCAAUUCCUCCUUCCAGCAUGUCAACCCUCUCGCUCAUAUAGGGACAUCAGUGGAACAGGUAAAGGCUGAAGACAUGGACAUUGGAACCAAUGCCAACUUGACAUACAGUAUUGUAAGCGGAAAUCCCUUUGGCCUGUUCCAUAUCUCUCACGACGGAAUCAUAUUGUUGGACAAGGAAAUUUCACGGAGACAUUACGGCUUGCAUCGGCUUGUGGUCAGGGUGAAGGAUGGAGGUACACCAUCUCGCUUUGCUACUGCACUAGUGCACAUUUAUGUCAAUGAUACGAUGGGAAAUGUCAGCCAAGUGGAGGCUUUGGUAGGCCACAGUCUCAACACACCACUUGACGUGGACAUCGCAGGAGAUCCUGAGUAUGAAAAAAGUAAGCAGCGAAGCAAUGUCUUGUUCGGAGUGAUCGCUGGGAUUAUUGCCGUCAUACUGGUGAUUGUGAUUGUGGUGUUGAUUCGUUACUGCAGGCAGAAGGAAGCCAAAAGUGGCUAUCAGGCUGGUAAGAAAGAAAACAAGGAUCUGUAUGCUCCAAAACAGACCAAUAAAAACACUAAGCACAAAAUCAAGAAGAGCAAACCCCCAAAACCUACCAAACCACUGGAGGAUGAGGAGACUGGAACCCAGAGGGGACUACAGUUCAACUUGAUCAAUGAAUCCAGCAGUGACAGUCCUAGGAUUCAUCUACCACUCAACUGUAAUCCAGGGAGCCCUGAUCUUGGAAGGCACUACAGGUCAAACUCUCCACUGCCAUCCAUUCAACUGCACCCACAGUCACCCACUGCUGGCAAGAAGCACCAGGUUGUACAAGACCUUCCAGCGACCAACACCUUCGUUGGGACUGGGGACAACAACUCGACUGGCUCAGACCAGUACUCUGAUUACAGUUACAAGACCAAUCCUCCAAAGUACAACAAGCAGCUUCCCCACAGAAGAGUGACCUUCUCCACAGCCAAUCAGUCCCAGGAUCUGCAAGACCCAAACCAGCACAGUUACUAUGACAGUGGGCUUGAAGAGUCAGAAACCCCAAGCAGCAAAUCAUCUUCAGGGCCACGUCUGGGACCCCUUACCCUGCCUGAGGACCACUACGAACGCACCACACCUGACGGCAGCAUUGGAGAAAUGGAGCACCCGGAGAAUGAUCUCAGACCACUACCUGACGUUGCUAUGACUGGGAACUGCACAAGAGAAUGCACAGAGUUUGGUCAUUCUGAUUCCUGCUGGAUGCCAGGGCAACCAUCCCCCAACAGGAAGCAGAAAAAUGCCCCCAAACUUUCCACCUUUGUGCCUUAUGAAGAACGGGGGAGCCAGGAUCGCCUCAGCAACGUGAGCCCCCGUCUCAUGGAGGAUGGCAAUGCCAAGUUGGCCAAUAUUCGCUUCAUACCAACGCACAGUGCCUUCCCCAGUUCAAACCAUGAGCUCAACAAGGACUCGGCUCUGGAGGAAAUCCCACUCACCCAACCACCUGACUAUCAACACACGACUGGCCCUGCUCCACCCAGUUCCAAGCGAGAGAUUUAUCUGUGACGGGAGGCGGAGCCUGCUGUGUGCCUGUUUCAAGCUGUUUUAUAACCACAUGGAAAUGCGAGGGUUAAGUAGGGGAAAACAGCAAAGAGGAACAUACAGUGAGAACAAACUUAAAACACAAAGGCUUUAUUGUCCGCAGUACAAUUCUACGGUGAACUUGAAUUUCGGAGAAAGGACAGGUUUGAAAUGGAACUUUCCAAUUGAGUAUUGAGCAGGGUUUUCCACACCAUUGCCAGAGUCUUCACCCCAACAGCAGAAAAGAACACAGGCAGAUCAGCAGUCAAAACUCAAACCUGACCUGCUCAUCGUUUCCAUCGCUGUCGAACUUCUUAACUGCAUGCAAUCAAUCGGUUUUUUUGUUUGUUCCUUCUUUUCAGUUCCCGUUUCUUGUGUGUGGAUGUGGUGGGAGUGGAUAAAUGCAGUUGAUUCAUGUCAUCCAUGUGGGGGUGAUGUCGGGAGAGGGGAAAACCAAAAAAAAAGAAAUUUACACUCUUGUAGUUCUAGAACUUAGCACCUCAGUGCUUAAAUCUCGUUGUCGACCACUUGUCUGGCACGUUUACCCUAACUGCAGGGACCAAUCAGCACAGAAGCUCGCAAGCAUUGCUGUACACUUGUGUAAAUAUAACCUUCAGAUGAUGUAUGACUUGCACCUCUUGUGGUUCAGAGAUUGGGAGAAAUCUCUUCCACUGUUAUUCAUGUGGCUCAGUGGUGUAAAGCAAAGCGAUCUUAAGUUGUGUUUUUCUUCAUGUAAAUAAUUUGAAAGGUAGCAAUGAAAUGUCAUUUUGUAAGUCUAGCUGAAGAAUUCGUCCAGUGACCUAAUUAAGUUGAUGGUGGUUCAUUAUGGCCUUUGCCUUUUCUGCUAUUUAUAAUUGUUCAGAAAACGGGUACUGGUGAACCAUGUCCAGUCUCCAUUCUGCUACUCACUGUUCCUUCCUUUUGCUUUCAAAAUAAAACAAAAGACUUGACUUGUCAUUUUAACAUUUA